GGGUUACAUUCAAAUCCUAUUCCCACAACAAUACAAAUUAUAAAACCAAGAAACCACUAACAAACUUCACUUAUCAUUCUCUUCCAUCCAAAACCAAGAAAACAAACCCAAGAACACAAAUCUCUCUCUCUCUCUCUCUCUUUCUCUCCCAUUCUCCCUCUGCCAUGGAAAACACCAGCCACUAUCCUCAUUUCUUCAUCAUCACUCUCAUCUUGUUCACAACCUUCACAACAACAACAUGCAGUAGCUCCACAAACACAUCAUCAUCAUCAACAACACCAUCUCCACCAAUGCCAACUCAAGAACUAAACAACAUUCUUGACGCACUGAUAGGUUCAGGAGACACAAGCAUAAACAAAUGGGUAAGCAUAUUAUCAAUGACAAAUCCAUCACUAAGCCUAACACUCUUCAUCCCUCAACAAACACCAUCACCUUCAUCAUCCACAUUGGACCCUUUCACUUUCCCUUACCAUAUCGUCCCACAACGUCUCGCUUUCGCCGACCUCCUCCUCCUCCCUCGCUAUUCCCGUCUCCCUACUCUCCUCCCCGGUAAAACCAUUGCCAUUACCGAUAACUCCAUCGGUAACUUCACCCUCGACGAUGUCCUCCUCACUCAUCCUGAUCUUUAUAACACAUCCUCUCUUGCUGUUCAUGGUGUGGAGAGGCUUCUUGAUUACUCUUCCUUUGGUGAUGCAUCCAUGAUACCUAAUUCGCCAAACUUUUUGCCGGUCGGAGAAACAUGGAAGUCGGCCGGGCCCUUCUCGGCCCACGUUAAUAUCUUCUUGCUGGUUAUCUGCUUUGUUCUUCAACAACUCGUUUUCUUUGUGUAACACAUCGAUCAUGUUGAGUUUUUCUUUCU